AUGUACGCAUUUGAUACACUAUUUCUGCACAAAGAUUGGGCAUCAAUUGGCAGGGAGCUCGGAUCUGUUGAAGUCGAUGGAAAAGAUGGUGGAGUAGCAGCAGUCGUGGAGCACCCAUUUCUGCUAACUAUAUCACUAUGUGUGCUGUUUUUCGGGCUCGGCAUAUCGCAAACUGUUGUAAGACAAUCCUUUCCUAACGACUGCCAUCGAUUCUAUGAGACUCACUUGCUGAGCUGCCCUCCGGAGUUCUACUGGAACUCACAACUGCAGAGAUGCGAUUUACAGGCCAGCGCUGAAUGCUCCAUUAGUUCAAUAUCAAAUAGGGAAACCGCAUUAAAGGCACCGCUUCCCAGUCCAGUUAUGGUCACAGCAAAUGAGAAUCCCAAACUUUCGGAGGUUUGUCACAAUAAGCUGGGCCAGCUUAUAGCUUACCCAGGUGACUGCACUCGAUUCAUUCAGUGCGACUAUCUGCCCUUUGUAAAAGUCUGUCCCCAAUAUCUCUUCUGGAACUCCCACUUACUUACAUGCGAUAAAAUGUGUGUUUAA